ACGAGAACAAACACGGCCAAGGCGCUGCCUGGCCGGUCCUCUGCGGCGGGACAUGGCCAACGUCUCCAAAAAGGUGUCGUGGUCCGGACGCGACGUGGACGACGACGAGGCGGCGCCGCUGCUGCGGAGGGCGGCGCGGCCCGGGGCGCCGGCCGGGGAGGCCACGCCGCUGUUGAACGGGGCUGGGCCUGCGGCCGUCCGCGCGUCACCCCAUUCAGCAUUUUUCCGGAUCGGACAGAUGAGCAACGUGGAACUGGAUGAUGAGCUUCUGGACCCUGACAUGGACCCCCUUCACCCCUUCCCCAAGGAGAUCCCGCACAACGAGAAGCUUCUGUCCCUCAAGUAUGAGAGCUUGGACUAUGACAACAGCGAGAACCAGCUGUUCCUGGAGGAGGAGCGGCGCAUCAAUCACACAGCCUUCCGGACCGUGGAGAUAAAGCGCUGGGUCAUCUGUGCCAUGAUCGGGAUCCUCACGGGCCUUGUGGCCUGCUUCAUCGACAUCGUGGUGGAGAAGCUGGCCGGCCUAAAGUACCGGGUCGUCAAGGACAACAUUGACAAGUUCACGGCGCGGGGCGGGCUGUCCUUCUCCCUCCUGCUGUGGGCCUCGCUCAAUGUGGCCUUUGUGCUCCUGGGCUCUGUGAUCGUCGCCUUCAUAGAGCCAGUCGCUGCUGGCAGCGGGAUCCCCCAGAUCAAGUGCUUCCUCAACGGGGUGAAGAUCCCCCACGUGGUCCGGCUCAAGACGCUGGUGAUCAAAGUGUCCGGCGUGAUCCUGUCCGUGGUUGGGGGACUGGCUGUGGGGAAGGAGGGACCAAUGAUCCAUUCGGGCUCCGUGAUUGCUGCUGGGGUCUCCCAGGGGAGGUCCACAUCACUGAAGCGGGAUUUCAAGAUCUUUGAGUACUUCCGCAGAGACACAGAGAAACGGGACUUUGUCUCAGCAGGAGCUGCGGCCGGAGUGUCUGCUGCGUUUGGGGCCCCUGUAGGUGGGGUCCUGUUCAGCUUGGAGGAGGGUGCAUCCUUCUGGAAUCAGUUCCUGACAUGGAGAAUCUUCUUUGCUUCCAUGAUUUCCACCUUCACCCUGAAUUUCGUCUUAAGCAUUUACCAUGGAAACGUGUGGGAUCUGUCCAGCCCCGGUCUCAUCAAUUUUGGAAGAUUUGACACUGAGACGAUGGUGUACACAAUCCAUGAGAUCCCCAUCUUCAUCGCCAUGGGCGUGGUGGGUGGCAUUCUCGGAGCUGUGUUCAACGCCUUGAAUUACUGGUUGACGAUGUUUCGAAUCAGGUACAUCCACCGGCCCUGCCUUCAGGUGAUCGAGGCCAUGCUGGUGGCCGCCGUCACGGCCACGGUUGCCUUCGUGCUGAUUUAUUCGUCCCGGGAUUGCCAGCCCCUGCAGGGGAGCUCCGUGUCCUAUCCACUCCAGCUGUUCUGUGCCGAUGGCGAGUAUAAUUCGAUGGCUGCAGCCUUCUUCAACACCCCAGAGAAGAGCGUGGUCAGCCUUUUCCACGACCCCCCAGCUCCGCCUGGGGUUGAGUCCGUGUGGCAAGCCCUGGCCAGCGCCCUGUCUGCAGGUUCCUACAACCCCAUGACGCUCGGCCUCUUCACCCUGGUCUACUUCUUCUUGGCCUGCUGGACCUACGGGCUCACGGUGUCGGCCGGUGUCUUCAUCCCAUCCCUGCUCAUCGGAGCUGCCUGGGGCCGGCUCUUUGGCAUCUCCCUGUCCUACCUCACCGGGGCCGCGGUCUGGGCAGACCCCGGCAAGUACGCCCUGAUGGGAGCAGCUGCCCAGCUGGGUGGGAUUGUGAGGAUGACGCUGAGCCUGACAGUCAUCAUGAUGGAGGCCACCAGCAAUGUGACCUACGGCUUCCCCAUCAUGCUGGUGCUGAUGACCGCCAAGAUUGUGGGGGAUGUCUUCAUCGAGGGCCUGUACGACAUGCACAUCCAGCUGCAGAGUGUGCCCUUCCUGCACUGGGAAGCCCCAGUCACCUCACACUCGCUCACCGCCAGGGAGGUGAUGAGCACACCAGUCACCUGUCUGCGGAGGAGGGAGAAGGUGGGCAUCAUUGUGGAUGUGCUGAGCAGCACGGCGUCCAAUCAUAAUGGCUUCCCUGUGGUGGAGGAUGCCGACGGCACGCAGCCAGCCCGGCUCCAGGGCUUAAUCCUGCGCUCCCAGCUCAUCGUCCUGCUCAAGCACAAGGUGUUCAUAGAACGCUCUUAUAUGGGCCUGCUACGGCGCCGGCUGCGGCUGAAGGACUUCCGUGAUGCCUACCCGCGCUUCCCCCCCAUCCAGUCCAUCCAUGUGUCCCAGGACGAGCGGGAGUGCACCAUGGACCUCUCUGAGUUCAUGAACCCCUCCCCCUACACGGUGCCCCAGGAGGCAUCUCUCCCGCGGGUGUUCAAGCUGUUUCGGGCCCUGGGCCUCAGGCACCUGGUGGUGGUGGACAACUGCAAUCAGGUGGUCGGGCUGGUGACCAGGAAGGACCUCGCCAGGUACCGGCUUGGGAAGGGGGGCCUAGAGGAGCUCUCUCUGGCCCAGACGUGAGGCCCUGGCACCUCCCCCGGGGUGCCUGCCUCGCUCCCCAGGCAGCGGCGGAUCCAGCGUCCUCCAGACCUCGGGGACAGCCCAGCCAGCGUGUGACACGUGUGGUCUCUUCGUGUUCUCAGUGCCCCCCUCCCCCCCAACCUCAUUCCUUCACCCUCCAAGAUUUCACACGCCAGCCUCCUGUUUCCUGACUUCGAGGAGUCAGUUUGUAGAACUGCUGCUCUUUUUUCUGAGAGACCGCAAGUGUGCGUAUGUAUCUGCAUGUGUGUGCACGUGUGACAGCUGGCAGGCUGGGCCCUGUGGGUCCGAGUACUGCAGCCCCCAGGACGGGCCCAUUGCCUGGAAGCAGUGCACCCUAAGCACCGCCAGCUGGAGGCCUGGGCGACUCGCUGCAGCAGAGGCCUCUGGUCCUGUCCCUCUCAGCCCUCAGCUCAGUUUGCGGCCGUGAGAUUUGGGGUCUGGGCAGAAACACAAGCUGAACUCAUGAAGGCGAGGGCUCGGGGGAGCAGGACCACCUGGAGAGCAGACCCUGGAGCCGCACUCCCAGACACCCGUGCACCCCAAGCCACACCCACUUGGUGCAGUGGGCUCUGAGCCGGGGUCUGGGCCAAAGGGGAGAGCUGAGACAUUCCUGUGGGCCCGGACCCCCAAGUCCAGCCAUGCCUCUAUCACAGCGCCCGUGUGGACGGCACAGGGAAGGCGGGUCUUCUCAGCACACGGGGGCCCCAUGGGCCCCUGAGGACCCCCAGCCCCGAGUGAUGUUCUGGGGCAGCUCUGCUUCCAGUGUGUUGGGGGCAGGUUGUUUCUGGGAAGAGCUGGCGAGCCCAGAGCAGGGAUGCACCCCUCCCAGGCUGGGCAGUGCCAGAUUUGGGAUCCUGUGUCCCCAGUGCCCCACGGGACUUUUUUUCUAAAGUGACUCACGUCCCCAGCCCACUUCUGUGAUGAGGUCCGUGGAUUCCUUUGUGGUAGGUUGGCGGGCACUCCACCUGGCUUUUAGCCUCUUUCAAGGGGAUGGGGCCGCAAAAGACCUCUUCCAUCCUGGCAGGGGAGCCCUCCAUGGGGGGCACAGGGGUCCAAGUGUGGGGAUCUGAAUGGGAGAAAUAAAGGAAUUGUACCCAGA